CGCAACCGGAAUUUUAAUAAAACCAUUAAAAAUUAGUUUUUGGAGUAAUUUAGGCAAAAAAUAGGUUGAUAUGUUCCCAAUGUAAGCUUAUAAUUUUUAUUGAUUUUAAUAUUGAGGAAUUGAGUAAACAGCGUUCUAAUGCUCUCUGACCAGUAUGGCAAUCUAAAAGCUUUUGCAGUAAGCUUUUUCUUUGGGGAACGGGGAACGUUUUCGGCUUUGGUUUGUUAGUUGCUUCUGUCCCAACCACAGUCACAGUAAAUUUUUAAAUUUCGUCGCGUGUGGAUGCGUCUUCGCUCUCUGUGAUACCACAAACUAACCGAAAAUCCCGUUUAACGCCCACUCAUCUGCGCCAAUUUGUUGUCUUUGCUGUGACUAAUAACAACGAUAGUCACAAACAGAAAACAUCCUACUGCUAAUUCGAUAAUCCAAUAUAAGCUCAUAAUAUUUAUCGACGUUGUCAACAAUUUGCUAAGUGCAGCAAACGUACAAAAUACAAGAGAAAUUAACGAAAACCUUAAAACUCGUUUAAAGCCAAAAUGUCAUCGAAUCGUGCACCAAAGUCCGGUUUUGCUGCGGAGGCACAACGCAAAAUUAACUCAAAAUACAGCGAAGAGCUGGCACAAGAAUGCCUAGAAUGGAUUAAAAUUGUAACUGGUGAACCGAUCAACACAGCCGGUGAUAUGGACAACUUCUUCGAAGUACUGAAGGAUGGCGUGCUUUUGUGCAAGUUGGCCAACUCACUGCAACCGGGUUCAAUCAAGAAAGUCAACGAGAGCAAAAUGGCAUUCAAAUGCAUGGAAAACAUUUCCGCUUUCUUGGCCUGUGCUAAAAACUUUGGUGUACCUACCCAGGAGACCUUCCAGAGUGUGGAUUUAUGGGAACGACAAAAUUUAAACUCCGUCGUCAUUUGCCUGCAAUCAUUAGGACGUAAGGCACACAACUUUGGUAAGCCAUCAAUCGGUCCGAAAGAAGCUGAUAAGAAUGUACGCAAUUUCUCCGAGGAACAGUUACGUGCUGGUCAAAAUGUCAUCUCACUACAGUACGGCUCAAACAAGGGUGCCAAUCAGUCGGGCAUCAAUUUUGGCAACACCCGGCACAUGUAAAUGCGACUUCCAUUGCGCAGCAAAUCGUAAAGCGGAUGUACGAUAUUAACCAAUUUCAUUGGUACUUAGAUGACCGCUGCGGCAUUUUAAUAUUUAAGCAUUCCAUAAGUGUCCAAAUUUGUAUAGACACAAAAAAAAAAUGACAACCGACAAAUGUAUUCCAAAUUUUGCAUUCUACGUUUUUUUAACGUUAUAGUAUUGAUGUAUGGAACGUAUUAUCUAAGCCCUAUUAUAAACCACAGGAAGAAAAAUCGUAAAACUUUUAUAACAUUUACAUAUAUAUUUUUUUAACUUAAACUCCUUAUUCUUAUAUUUAAUAACAUACUGCAUUUUUUCUAAAUUGUAUUAAAUCGGCACUUAAAACUAUACAAACAAUAAAAAUACCAGAGGCGCAUAUGCCCACACACGCACCAAUACUAUAGUAUAAGCGUGGUGUGAAUGCCUCGUUCGUGCCAUUAAGCAUUUAUAUUAUAUGUAUUCUUCUACAUACAUACAUGUGUACAUUUAAAAAACGAAUGAUUAGAAAUUUUCUCUAUAUAUCUUUUACACUAAUGCAUAAUAUGAAAGAACCUAUUUUUGAGAGAACAAUUUAUUUACUGUAACAAUAAACCUUGCUAAAAAGGUAUGGCCUUUAAAGUAUAAAUUAUAACAACAAAACAACCACCUCCAAAAACGAAAGAAACAAACGUGUCUUCUCCCAUUUAAUUACCGUUAAAAAAUUAGAAUGUAUUUAUAAAUCAUAUACAAUAUAUACACAGUGAUAGGUAUGAGUAUACUGAUUUGAUCUGUUACUUCAUGUUGAGUAUGAAAUAAAAUUUAUGUAAUAAUAGUUACUACAUACAAAA